AUGUCCUUAACUCCCGAAGCCAUCGACGUGCGGAACGUAACCACAAUAGGCCAUGUUGACCACGGAAAGACAACACUGAUGGACGCGCUCCUUGCCGCGAACAACAUAAUAUCCACUCGAAUGGCCGGAAAGAUUCGAUAUCUUGACAGUAGAGAGGAUGAGCAACAAAGAGGCAUCACAAUGGAGAGCAGCGCUGUGUCUCUGCGGUUCAAAGUAAUGGACAGAACCGAGGACGGGGGUGCCUCCCCAAAAACAUAUGCUGUGAACAUGAUCGACACGCCAGGACAUGUAGACUUCUCCAGCGAGGUGUCCACCGCAUCUCGUCUUUGUGAUGGCGCUCUUGUCCUGGUGGAUGUCGUCGAGGGGGUCUGCACGCAGACGGUCACCGUGCUGAGGCAGGCGUGGCAAGAUCGUUUGAAGCCCAUUCUAGUCAUCAAUAAAUUUGAUAGGCUCAUCACUGAGCUCAAGCUUUCUCCGCUAGAGGCAUAUCAGCACCUGUCGCAGCUGAUCGAACAGGUCAAUGCUGUAAUGGGGAGCUUCUUCGCCAGUGAAAGAAUGGAGGACGACUUUCGUUGGCGUGAGGAGCGUGAGCGCAGACUCGCGGAAAAGAAGGAAUCACACGCACAAGAGGUUGACGCUACCAUUCACGAUGCCGACGAAUUCCAGGAAAAGGACGAUGAGGACAUCUACUUUGCUCCAGAACGCGGAAACGUAGUGUUUGCAUCAGCUGUCACUGGCUGGGGAUUCCGUAUAGGCAAGUUUGCCCACCUCUAUGCAGUUAAGCUCGGCAUCAAGGAGGCUAAGCUGCGCACGGUCCUUUGGGGUGACUUUUACCUCGAUCCCAAAACCAAAAGGGUCAUCAGUUACAAACACCUACGCGGACGGGCUCUCAAGCCACUGUUCGUCCAGUUUGUUUUGGACAACAUAUGGGCAGUCUAUGACGCUGCCUUGUUGAACCCAAACCCUGACAAAAUCGAGAAAAUCAUUACAACGCUGAACCUCAAAAUCCCACCUCGUGAACUGAAGACGAAGGACCCCCGCCAGCUCCUGACGCUCAUCUUCUCCCAGUGGUUAUCGCUGUCCUCUUGCGUCAUUCAAUCCAUUGUGGAUGUCGUCCCACCUCCAUCCAUCGCUCAGCGCACGCGUAUCCCCAAAAUACUCUACCCCGACCUGUACGAGUCGACUGUCGACCCCAAGAACCGAUUGGAAGAGUGUCUCUACUCCUGCAACGGCAAACCGGAUGCAUACGUCUCUGCCCUUGUGAGCAAGAUGUUUGCUGUACCCGCAAAGGAGCUGCCUGGGAACAAGAAGAAGCCAAUGACCGCCGACGAGAUGCGAAAGCGCGCCCGUGCGGCGCGGGAAGCCAGAGAAGCCACGCAAGCGAAUGGCGCUGCGACACCUGAACCGACCUCCGAGUCCCUGGACGCCGCGCUCGAGAAGCUAGAAGUGAAAGAAAAGGAGGAAGGCGGGGAGCCGAUCGAAGCGGACGAGACGCUUCUCGGUUUCGCGCGCAUAUACUCAGGCACUAUUCGCACGGGAACCACUAUCUGUUGCGUGUUGCCGAAGUACAAUGCGGCGCUGGACCCUGCGCACCCGCAUAACGCCCCACAUGUCGUCACCACGCAGGUGGGGGCGCUUUAUGUGAUGAUGGGGCGUGAACUGGUGCCCGUGGACAGUGUGCAGGCGGGCAACGUGUUUGCGAUUCAAGGUUUGGAAGGAAAGGUUUGGCGAAGUGCGACGCUGUGUGCGCCAAAUGCCGACGGCGUGGACGAGACUGCGGACCUGAGUGAGAUCAAGGAUUGUCUGCUAAAUCUUGGUGGGGUUGUUCGCUAUGCUGCUCCUAUCGUGCGAGUUGCCCUAGAGCCUGAGGUGCCCGCGGAUAUGCCUAAGCUUGUGCGCGGGCUCAAACUACUUAGUCAAGCUGAUCCGUGUGUGGAGACAUUCCAACAACAGACGGGAGAGCACGUUAUCUUGACCGCUGGGGAGUUGCAUCUUGAGAGAUGCUUGAAGGAUCUCCGAGAGCGUUUCGCGAAGAUCGAAAUCAAUGCAUCAAAACCAAUUGUACCGUUCAGAGAAACUGCAGUUAAGGGUGUCGACAUGACACCUCCCAAGACACCUGGUGCAAAACGGGGGACCAUCUACGGAACAAUACACAGCAACCUUGUAAGCUUCACCGUAAGGGCGGCUCCCUUGCCAAAGAAGCUGUUGGAUUUCCUGCAAGACAACCUCGCCACGCUCAAGCGCAUGGACUCGGAACAAGGCUCAAAUAUGCAAGAAAACCAUUUUGUCGAAGAGGACGAUGAGUAUGAUGUCCAGGGCGAGAUCGUCAAGAAGCCCAGCACCAAGCCGGAGGAUUUCUGGAACACCUUCUCGGAAAGAUGUCGCGAAGUUGGCGGUGAAUGGGCCGAUGUCGCGGACAGGGUCUGGGCCUUCGGUCCACAGAGAGUCGGAAGCUGUCUGCUCAUUGACAGCAGGUCAGAUGCUAAAUCAAACUCUCUCAAAACGCGCCAGGAGCGUGACAAGAUCGGAGAAAGCAACAAGGAGGCCUUGCCGUUCUCGCGAGAAUUUGACAAUCAUUUCGAGGCAGGUUUCCAACUCGCUACUCUCCAAGGGCCGUUAUGCGCGGAGCCAGUAGAAGGUCUCGCAUAUUUCGUUGAGGCCCUGGAGAUCGACAAAGAGGGAAUUGACCAAGAAAGAUUCACGGGUGCCGUCAUAUCCUCAGUAAAGGAUGCGUGUCGUAAUGGUCUUUUGGAUUGGUCCCCGCGUUUGAUGUUGGCGAUGUACACUUGCGAUAUUCAGGCGUCCACGGAUGUACUGGGCAAAGUGUAUGGCGUCGUGGCCAAACGUCGAGGUCGGAUUGUGUCAGAGGAGAUGAAAGAAGGCACAGAGUUCUUCACCGUCCGCGCUCUCCUACCUGUCGUGGAAAGUUUCGGAUUUGCUGACGUCCACAGCUUAUUUUCAGCGGGCAAGUGGCAUGAAAAGUAUGAGAUGCUUGACCAAGAUCCGUUCUGGGUCCCAACGACUGAGGAAGAACUCGAGGACCUGGGUGAGAAGGCCGACCGGUCCAAUGUAGCGAAGAGCUACAUGGAUGCAGUACGGGAACGCAAGGGUAUGUUCGUCGACAAGAAAAUCGUGGAAUUCGCAGAGAAGCAGAGAACGCUGAAGCGAUAA